AAUGUCCAAAAAAUUAGAAAUAACUCAAAGCUAAAAAUUUUGACAACUUGCAAAGUCACAGAUUUGCCAUAACAUCCAUCUGUGGCAUGUAAAAUGUAGACAAAUUCAAAAACAGUGUGAUGUUUUCUGAUAUUAUUAUUAUUAAUUAUUAUUAUUAAUUGACUCUGGAGUUAAAGCCAGAGAGAUGCCGUUACCACGAGAAAUAUCCUCCCUACCUUUAACAAAUUCACAACAAAAAUCCUUAACUGAAAAAGGUAUCCAGAUAGUAAGUGAAAUUAGCAACAGCUCUCCUGAUGUAGAAUUUAACAUUGAAGAACUUACUAAAGCCCCAGAAACAAAAAUUGCCUCUCAACUCUUAAUGGAAGAAAAAAGCAUGAGAGACAUUAACAGCUUUCUAGAUAAUUUAGAUGUUCUUUUAAAAGGCGUUCUCAGGCCUGGUUUAGUUACUGAAUUUGUUGGACUUCCUGGGUCUGGAAGAACUCAACUCUGUUUACAUUUAUCUGUUAGUGCUCAGAUAAUAGAUGAUUCCCUAUAUGGAGUGACGAUUUAUAUUUGUUCCAACUUGGAUUUUUCUAUUACAAGACUUAGAGAAAUAAUUGGUAAUUAUAAGAAAAGCGUAAAGUGCUUUAAGGAUUAUGAUGAAACGGUUAUUCUGAAGAAUAUACAGUUUAUCGAUAUAAUGUCAUCUGAUCAGUUGUUAGAAUGUUUGGAAUUCCUAAAUGAAUUUGGAAAGGAGCAUAAAAAUAUAACAUUGGUGAUUAUAGAUAGUAUUACUUAUCCCCUUCGUUUGUGUGAAAGUAACGAGAAAACUUCCUUGAUAUGCUUCAUAAUAACUGAACUACGGAAUCUUGCUAAAAAAUAUAAUUUCAGUGUUGUUAUGACUAAUGAUAUGACAACAAUUGUUGGAUCAUCGGGAAACGAAGUUGUUCCUUCUUUGAGGGAUACUUUUUACCAUAUGAUAAACAAUAGAAUCCUACUUUCUCAAAAAGAUAAUAUAUUUGAAGCGGAGAUACUGAAAGCUUCAACAAAAUUCCCGGUUAAAUGCAAUUACAAGUUCUUAGAUGAUGUUACUUGAAUUCGAUUUGUGGAUACUUGGAGAUGGAGAAAGUCGGUGUGGAGGAAAUGUGGAGUCUAAUAUGUUUUAACGUGUCUAUGUAGAGGAUUUCAACUCACCUCGUAUUUUCAAUCUCAGAAUUUUGGAUUGAGAAGAGAAAAAGCAAAAUGUAUGUAAGAAUCCACAUAUAUUUCUUUCAAUAAUAAAUUUAUAGUGUUCCUUAUGUAUAAGGUCAUUAUAAAUUGAAUAAAACUUUCAUGAAAAUUA